GAAGAAGAAGAAGAAGAAGAAGAAGAGAGAUGGAAGACAAGAAUGGGGGGCAGAAAGUGGAAGAAUCAAGCAAGGCCUGCAGUGACGGCUCCGUCUGUGGCUACGACUCUCUCCACCACCUCCUCCGCGCCAAUCUCAAACCCCAUCUCUUCCAGGAAGUCAACCGCAUUCUCCUAGGUUUGAAUUGUGGGAAGGCACUAGAAACAAAUUCUGUUCCAGAAUCUGCGAAAGCACUCUCGUCAGAACAUGACUUUGACCUCCAGGCUUUCUGCUUUCAUGCGGACAACGAGUUGUUAAGGGAACCUCGAAUGGUCAGGGUUGGUCUCAUUCAAAACUCUAUAGCUGUUCCAACGACUGUGCACUUUCAGGACCAGAAAAGGGCCAUCUUUGCGAAAUUAAAGCCAAUAAUCGAUGCUGCAGGUGUUUCAGGAGUAAACAUUUUAUGCUUGCAGGAAGCAUGGACAAUGCCGUUUGCCUUUUGUACCCGGGAGAAGAGGUGGUGUGAAUUUGCAGAGCCUGUAGAUGGGGAAUCAACACAAUUUCUGCAGGCUCUCGCAAGGAAAUAUAACAUGGUCAUCAUAAGUCCAAUUCUUGAGAGGGAUGUCAAUCAUGGAGAGACUCUCUGGAACACUGCAGUAAUAAUUGGAAAUCAUGGCAACAUAAUUGGCAAGCAUCGAAAGAAUCAUAUACCAAGAGUUGGGGACUUCAACGAGAGUACCUAUUAUAUGGAAGGAAAUACUGGGCAUCCAGUGUUUGAGACUGCUUAUGGAAAAAUUGCAGUAAAUAUAUGUUAUGGAAGACAUCAUCCUUUGAAUUGGUUGGCAUUUGGCUUGAAUGGUGCAGAGAUUGUCUUCAACCCUUCUGCCACUGUUGGUGAACUCAGUGAACCAAUGUGGCCCAUUGAGGCUCGCAAUGCUGCAAUUGCAAAUAGUUACUUUGUUGGAUCAAUCAAUCGUAUCGGGACAGAGGUUUUCCCAAAUCCAUUUACGUCUGGUGAUGGCAAGCCGCAACAUUCAGACUUUGGGCAUUUCUAUGGGUCAAGUUAUUUUUCUGCCCCAGACUCCUCGUGCACCCCUUCUCUAUCACACCAUCGUGAUGGGUUGUUGAUAUCAGACAUGGACCUCAACCUCUGUAGGCAGAUUAAAGACAAAUGGGGAUUCCGAAUGACUGCUCGUUAUGAGCUCUAUGCCGAUCUGCUUGACCGUUAUCUGAAGCCAGAUUUUGAGCCCCAAGUCAUUUCUGAUCCCAUGUUACAUAAGAAGACUGCAUAAUAUGUCAAAAGACUGUAACAGUUUAUGCAGGUUAUUGCACCAGAAGCUUGCACAGUGCAAGAUGCAGUUCAAAUAAAUAUGUGCCCAGCUAAGAAUGUACUGUUUCUCAAAUUUGCUUGUAGAUAUAAUAAUAUUCAUGGAAAAGAAACGUUUGUAGAUAAAUUUGUAAUCUCCAUUAAAAUGUGAAAAGAAAAAAGAUAUGAAGAAUGUGAACCAAUGCC